AAAGCUAACAUCCAAAUAAUCCGUUUACUACUAACGAGGAGCGCACCCUCAAAAUUUCAAAUUAUCAGACAUCCCGCUCUCUCCCCUCUUCAUUUUCUCUCACCUCACUACUCCACAGAAAAAACUACAGAGAGAAAAACACACACAAAUAUUGCAACACAACAAAAAGAAAAAUUCAAACAAAAAUCUGCAGAUCUUCAAACAUUUAAUUCGGGAAAAGAAAAAUGUCGAAUCGACAUGAUAAAGAGAAAGGUGUAAAUGUUCAAGUGCUUCUUCGUUGCAGGCCAUUUAGCGAUGAGGAGUUGCGGAAUAAUGCGCCGCAAGUUGUGACGUGUAAUGAUUAUCAGAGAGAGGUUGCUGUUUCUCAGAAUAUUGCUGGAAAGCACUUUGAUAGGGUUUUCGUUUUUGAUAAGGUAUUUGGUCCAACAUCCCAGCAAAAAGAUCUUUAUGAUCAAGCAAUUAUCCCAAUUGUGAAUGAAGUUCUAGAGGGAUUCAACUGUACCAUUUUCGCGUAUGGGCAGACCGGUACAGGUAAAACUUACACAAUGGAAGGUGACUGUAAACGAUCCAAGAGUGGUUCGAAUGGAGAGUUACCUGUUGGAGCAGGAGUCAUACCCAGAGCUAUUAAGCAGAUUUUCGAUACAUUGGAGGGUCAGAAUGCGGAGUAUAGUGUAAAGGUCACUUUUUUGGAGUUGUAUAACGAAGAAAUUACCGAUUUACUGGCACCAGAAGAGAUUUCGAAAGUUGCUUUAGAAGAUAGGCAGAAGAAGCAGCUGCCCCUCAUGGAGGAUGGUAAAGGAGGAGUCCUGGUCAGGGGUUUGGAGGAGGAGAUUGUUGCGAAUGCUAGUGAGAUUUUUACUCUUCUUGAAAGAGGAUCUGCCAAACGGCGCACUGCUGAAACUCUUCUUAACAAGCAAUCAAGUCGGUCACAUUCUUUAUUUUCUAUAACCAUCCACAUUAAAGAAGCAACACCAGAAGGAGAAGAGCUCAUUAAAUGUGGAAAACUCAAUUUGGUUGAUUUAGCAGGAUCAGAGAAUAUUUCUCGGUCUGGAGCUCGUGAGGGCCGUGCGAGAGAAGCUGGUGAGAUUAACAAAAGUCUACUCACACUAGGAAGAGUUAUAAAUGCUCUGGUGGAGCACCUUGGACAUAUCCCCUACAGGGAUAGCAAACUCACAAGAUUAUUGCGGGAUUCUUUGGGAGGACGAACAAAGACAUGUAUCAUAGCUACAGUAUCACCUGCCGUCCAUUGUCUGGAGGAGACCCUAAGCACAUUGGAUUAUGCACACAGGGCUAAACAUAUAAAAAACAAGCCAGAGGUAAACCAAAAAAUGAUGAAAUCAACUUUGAUAAAGGAUCUCUAUGGUGAAAUUGAGAGAUUGAAGGGGGAGGUUUAUGCGGCACGAGAGAAGAACGGAGUAUACAUACCAAAAGACCGUUACUACCAAGAAGAGAGUGAAAGGAAGGCAAUGGCGGAUAAGAUUGAGCAGAUGGGAGUUACAUUUGAGAGCCAGCAGAAUCAACUUGAAGAAUUGCAAGGUAGAUAUGCAGCUCAGGUGCAAGAAUGCUCUAGUUUGAGUAAAAAGCUUGAAACAACUCAGAAAGACCUGAGUCUGACAAGAAAGUUGUUAACUGGCACUGAGGAGGAAUUGAAAAGAUGCAAAUACACUCUUAAAGAAAAAGAUUUCGUAAUAUCAGAGCAGAAGAAAGCAGAGGAUGCUUUAACUCAUCAAGCUUGUGGGCUGCGCUCAGACCUGGAGAAAGCUCUUCAAGAUAAUGUCUCACUUCAUUCAAAAAUCGAUAGAGAGGACAAGUUGAGUGCCGAUAACAAGUCAGUAGUGGAUGAUUACCAAGCUGAGCUUGUAAAGCGACUUGGUUCCCUCUGCAGUACAGUAGCUGCUUCGAUGUCUCAACAGAAUGAGAACCUACAAUCUAUCGAUAAGCUCUGCCAUUCGUUGCUUGAUAACCAUAAUGAGGCGGUGUCUGAACUGAAGAAAAAAUUAGCGGCUUCAAAGACUUUGUAUAUUUCCCAUGUUGAUGCUCUACAAAAUGUUGUUCGUUUGCACAAGGCAAAUACUGAUGCUAGUUUGGAGGAGAUGUCAUCUCAAGCUUCUGAAGAUGUUCGGUCUAUUGAAGAGCUCCUAGAGGCCGAGGAUGGUAAAGCAAUGUCUAUAUAUGAUGAACUUCAAGCAACUCUAUCAAGUCACCAAGGAGAAAUGGCUCUUUUUGCCCGGGAACUGCGCCAGAGGUUUAAUGAUAGCAUUGAGCACAUAAAGGAUGUUUCAGAAUUCUUAAAUGAUUAUUUGCAAAAGAUGACUGAAGAAUCGAGCAAGCUUGGUGGUCAUGCCUCUCAGAUUGAGGAGAUUCAGAUACAGAGUAUUUCUGCCUUCCAGAAAGCAUUUGAGGAACAAUCAAAAUCGGAUGCUGAAAAGCUUCUUGCUGAAGUGACUAGUCUAGUAACUAGCCAUAUUCGUCGUCAACAGGAAAUGGUUGAUGCAAGGCUAGUUGAUCUUAGAGAAACUGCUAUUGCAAACAAAUCAUUCUUGGACGAGCAUGUCUCCUCAGUUGAAGGUUUCACAACAGAUGCAAAACGAAAAUGGCAGACAUUUUCAAUGCAGGCUGAGAGCAGUACUAAUGAUAAUGCUGUUUUCUCAGCUGCUCAACACUGUAGCAUGGAGUUGCUUCUACAGAAAUGUGUGAGCACCGCUGAGACGGCUUCCAAGCAUUUGAAGACGACCCAUGAGUCUGUAAAUGAGAGGUGUAGCAAUCAAGCCUCAGCAAUGAUUUCGUUAUUGAGGAAUUUGUCAGAAAGCCAUGGGAUGCAUGAUGCAGAAAUUGAUUCUGCAAGGGCUGCAGCUGAGAAAGAUGCUGCGGAAUGCAGUGAAGAUAUUGUGAAUGACCUUGACAGAUUAUCAGAGAGGCAACAAGGAGAAGUAUCAGGAAUCUUUUCUUCUGUUAAAGCACAGGAAGAGAGCCUUCGAGUUUUGAGUGAGGAUCAUUCUGGUCAGGUUGCAAGCAUUGAAAACGAGGCACAGACAACUUUUCAGCAAAAAUACAUGGAUUACGAACCAACUGGAGCAACACCAGUAAGAUGCGAAACUGAUGUUCCUAGUAAGGGCACUAUUGAAGCCUUGUGUACCAUGCCAAUGGAUGCUCUAUUAGAAGAAUUUCGAGAAAACAAUCCUUAUGAGUCAGUUGAUGCUAAGGACUUAAAACCGUCUCUCAUACCACGAUCGCCAUUAGUAGAGAGGAACUGAGAAUUUUGGCAGUAUGGUAUGGUGCAUCUCAUCUACAAAAAUAUAUAUAUAUGUGUAACUUACGUGUAUGCUGUUAUUGUUAUUGUCAGAAGCAUAGUGAAAUACACUUCUAGUUUCUAAUUCUUGUAGCUAGAGGGGGAUGAGCUGUGGUGCAGUUUGUUGAAUAAAUUCCACCUUGGAAUUUAGCAACUUCUAAAUAGUGUAGAUUGCUGGUAGCUCCAAUGCUCCAUACUGCAAUGGAGUCAUUCACACAGAUUGUCAGUGUUGAAAAAUGAAUAUGUUGUAAGAUACAAAAUAUUUGAUCCGAAAUCAAUUUAUUGGGAAGGCAAUUGCAGUUCUUUUCUUU